AUGGACGUCGAUCGCACCUGGGGCGCGGACGCGCCGCUGUCGCUGUCGCCCCUGUCCAGGAGCAUCCGCGGACCCGUCGGCCUCGUAGCCGUCGACCGAGGUCGAGCGCGCCAACCCGCCGCGAUCCAGAUGGAGACGGCCGCCGCGCUCCCUUCCGUCUUCGAGACGCUCUCGACGACGCUCUCGUCCCUGCCGGCCAACCUCGCCCAGACCAACCUCAGCCAGCUCUCCAACCUCCUCCACUCGUUCGCCGCCGACCUCGCGCCACUCGUUCCCGCCCUCAGCGCCGCCCAGCAAGAGGCUCUCCUCACCAACGGCACGUUCCUCGCCCAGCAACUCGGUCAGCUCUCGGCCGUCACCGCCCAGAUCCCGCCUGGCGACGUCGACGGCGCGCAGCCGCAGGACCUUGUCGCCAUCGUCGAGAUCGGCUCGACGCGGUACAGCAUCCUGACGCUGUGGGCGCCCGAGGUGUGGGCGAUCGUCAUUUCGUUUGGCAUCGCCGCCAUCCUCAAGCUCGCCGUGACGUUCAUGGUCACGGGCACGUCGAUCAAGCGGGCGACCAAGAGCGACGACAAGGAGGCGGCCAGGGCUGCCGUCCUCAAGCCGGCCAAAGCUAUGCUCGGUCACACGCUCAACCUCGUCGUCUCGACCGUCGCCCUCGUCCUCCAGCUCAACGCGUGGCGCCUCUUCGUCCUUCCUUCGGCUCCCGUCCGCAUGAACGACAUCCGCUUCCUCUCGAUCGCGAUGAAGACGCUCCUCGUCGGCUACGCCUGCGACCUUCUCUUCGGCGACCUGCGACCCGAGAUCUUCCUCCACCACUUCUUCACGUUCGCGCUCCUCUUCGUCGGGCAGCUGGCUGCCUUCCAGACCAAGAGUCCCAAGUUCUUCCGACUCGCUCAAUGGCUCAUCCUGCAGGCCACGACCGAGCAGACGACCUACGCCGCCAUGGUCGCCUAUCACUGCUACAACUACCUGCGCGUCCAGAACCACCGCCCUCUUCUGCAGCGGCGCCUGCUCGUCGUGACGCACAAGCUUCUGCGCUUCACGCGCUACAUCACCUUUCCUCAGAAGGUCUUGCCGUGCGCGUUCGCCGUGUACUGGCUCGCCAGGAUGUGGAACGAGAUCGACGACAAGGCAUGGGGCCGAGCCUGGAUCGUGUGGUGCACGAUCAUCCUGUCGCUCCUCAUGGUUCUUCAAGUGCGCUUCUGCGACGAUACCUGGCCCCUCGCCGCACACAUCGGCUACAAGCUUCAUGGCGGCCCUCUCCCGCCCCGUCAAGGCCCCGUAAUGCGCACCCUCGCCCGCCUCUUCUGCUGCCGCCGUCGGCAGCCCCGGCGCAACUCAGUCCGCCCGGCGCCGCCGACUGACAGCUACAGGUCGUCGCUCAAGGUCGACAGCAAGGAGGACCUCGCCGCCGCCGAAGAAGGGCGCAGCCGCAAGUCGACGGGCGCCGGCAACCAGGGCGACGCGAGCAUCGCCGAGCUCGUCGAGCUGCGGAAGAUGGCCGACCAAGGAUCGACUCUUUCUUCUCGCUGUUCCUCGCGCCGAUCGCUCGACACGGCCUGGUCCACCCCUUUCCGUCCCCUCUCGCUCCCUCACCUCGAGGACCGGGACAUCGACGCCACCUCGACGCACCUGUCCGACCUCCCCUUCUUCGAACGUCCCGGCUCGGCGCCGCCGACGUCGGCGACCUGGAUCGGCGCCGACAAGGCCAACAAGGAGGCGCCGCAAGUCGGCGAGGCGCAGUGACGGACGAGGAUGAGGAUUAUAUUUAUUCGGCUCGCGCCGCCCUCCUAUCUUUGCAGUAGCACACGUUUGCAGUCC